AUGACGACGAUACCCUGGGGAACGAUCCGUUCCCUCCUAAUCUUCUUCGGCCCCAUCCUCCUCCCCAAAGCCCUCGGCGCAUACCGCACCCUCCGCCGCGGCCCUCAAACCGUCAACGGCCCUCUCAAAGUCCGCCCCGUCCCUCCCGCCGUCCGCCGCGCCUUAAUCCUCCUCCUCUCCCUCUCGCUCGUCUACCUCGCCCUCGCCCUCCUCCCCGCUUACACACCAGAGAGCAUCUUCCACCUGACGCAAUCCCGCCUGCAAAUCCCCGUCGACGUGCUCUUCACGCGCCUGGCCUCGCUGCGCCCGCCCACCGUCGCCGACAACGCUUUGCGCCACAAAUUCGUCAACCUCGAAUCGCGCCUCUUGUACUUGCAAUUCGGCCCGGACGUGCUCGCCUCCUGCCCCUUCUGCAGCUCCGACGACCCAAGGUCGUACCUCUACUAUGCGCUCCCCGGCCUUGUCGCUCCGCACCUGUUCAACCUGGGUUUGAUCGCCCUCGUCACCUCCUCCUUUUUGACAGGAAGAGACGGGUAUAAAUGGCGCUACCCAGCGACCAUCGCCUCUCUGGUCCUCGGUUUUCUCGACGUAUACAUGGUAUCGACCUAUAACCACCAAUCCAACGCGCGCGCCUUGCGUCUUGCGGAAAUCGAUUUCUUCCACUGGCGCCAGCGCACUUUACGGUUUGUGGCCCUUGCCACACUGAACACCAUUUUCGCGUCGCUGUUGUAUCUGAGCAGCACCAACCGGCUCUUCGCCAACCCGCCGAGCCCAGCCGAGCGCGUGGAAGCGGUGGUGCGCCAGCUGCAGCAGGUCAAGGGUAAGAUCAACGCGGCGGGGGUGAUGCAGAAUACAAUCAGCAGGGAUGACGAACUGAGAGGGAGGAGCGAUGCGUAUUGGCGGCAUGAGGUGCGGCUAAUGGGGGAGGUGAUGGAGGAGAGGGAUGUGGUGGAGGGAGUGAGGGAUGCGUUGAGGGAGAGGAUCGUGGUGGAGAAUGUAGAGAGGGACGCGGAGAGUUAUGUGAGGAGUAUGUUGCCGCCUUUUUCGGCGGCGGUUUAUCUUGGUGGUGGUGGUGGUGGUGGUGGUGAAAGGUCGAAGGACGAUUAG